AGCUGUUGAUGAAUGUGUCCUUGUCUCAACCGAGCGUGAGUUUGUUUUGAAUGUGUGUGUUAGGACGUGUACUCGUGCGACUGUGUGUGCGCGUGUGUUUUGGACUCUAUCUGCUGGAUCAAUUCGCUGGUUCGUUACUGCGACCCGUCUGGCAGCAACAGGAGCAAGCUACUGCUGGAACAGACACUCGCGACACACAGCGAUCAUGGCCCUGUGUGGACUGAAGACCCCUCGCUGCCUGGGGCCGAAUGUUUACACUGCGGCCCCUGAUGGAGGUUGGGGAUGGGUGGUCGCGGUGUCCUUUUUCCUAGUGGAGGUCUUCACCUACGGCACCAUCAAGAGCUUCGGAAUCUUCUUCAAGGAUCUCAUGGAAGAGUUUGGGGAGAGCAACAGCCGAGUGUCCUGGAUCGUUUCCAUAUGUGUGUUCGUCAUGACGUUUAACGGUCCGCUGUCUUCAGUGAUGACAAACCGUCUUGGGUUCCAGAUUGUCGUGAUGCUCGGCGGGCUCCUCAUCUCCUCAGGCACAAUUGCCACCAGCUUCACCACCUCCGUCAACCAAAUGUACAUCACCUAUGGUUUAGUUGCAGGACUGGGCUACUGCCUGACCUUCCUCCCCACCGUGACCAUCCUGUCGCAUUAUUUCACUCAGCGACGGUCUUUGGUCACGGCUGUGGCCUCCACUGGCGAGUCGCUCUCCAUGUUUGCUCUGGCACCAGCCUUCUCUGCGCUGAAGCUGCAGCUUGGAUGGCGACGUACUCUGGCAGUGGUCGGUGCUCUGCAAAGCACGAUUAUCAUCUGUGGAGCUCUCCUCCGUCCGAUAGUGAUCAAACCAAAGGUCAACAGCAGCGAGUGUUCAAAGGAACUGGAAACUCUGAGUUCACCCAACAAUGAGGAGAAAAUGGAUUCCAGUGGCGUGGACUGUUCUGAAAAGAAGGGUGAAUAUGAAUCAGCGAAUGGUUCUGUGAUCACUUCUGAGACUCAAACACUGAGAGAAACAGCCGACGGAACCCUGGAGGAGAACAGUUUACUUGAAAAAGAGUCUCCUCUAAAGACGAAUGAGAAACAUGCAGGCGCUGAGGUGGUGGAAAUUGAGAGGCCGAGCAAUACGGAAAAGCAAGUCGAGGAAAAGAAGAAGAACUUUAAGCUUCUAGACUUUUCCAUCCUGCGAGAGACCAGCUUCAUCCUGUACUCCCUUUUCGGACUCUUUGCCACCCUGGGCUUCUUUGCCCCCCCACUCUACAUCAUUGAGCUGAGCGUCAGUCGAGGCGUGGAGCGGGACCGCGCCACCUACAUGCUCUCCAUCAUGGCAGUGGCCGAAAUCCUCGGCCGUUUCUCAAUCGGAUGGAUCCUGAGUCGACGGAAGCUGCAGACCAGGAAGCUACUGGUCCUGCUGGCGUGUGUCCUCACAAUGAUGGUGGAUUUGGUGGGAUUCACCUUGGUGACUGAGUUUUAUGGGCUGGCUGUGUGCUGUGGGGUUUAUGGAUUCUUCAUGGGGACGCUGGCCUGUACCCACAUCCCCAUGCUGGCUGAGGAUGACGUGGUGGGAAUUGAGAGGAUGUCAUCUGCUGCUGGGGUCUAUGUGUUCAUACACAGUUUUGCUGGGCUGGCCGGACCCCCGCUCGGAGGCGUGUUGGUGGAUGUGACCCACAACUAUGGAUCGGCCUUCUACUCCUGUGCGGCUGGAAUGGCAGUGAGCGCUCUGUUCCUGGGUCUAGUGAAGCCAGCGAAAAAGGGAUUUCUCUGUAAGAAAAAGGCUGCUGACACACAUGAUGUACAAGCAACUGACAUUGAGACUGCCGCUGAAAACGUCCUGGACAGUGCUGAGAAAGUCAACACAGACCAGCUGGAGACCACGGAAAAGGAGACAGCGGUUUGUUAGUUAUGAUGAGGUGCUCAGACAGGUCAUUGCAGGGUGAAGGAGAAGAAGAAGAAGAAGCUGGCAAGAAGCAAAUACUGGAACUUUAGAGUUUUGAUCAAAUUGAACAUGCCCUACCUAGCGAGUGUACCAAAAGGUGUUACAAUACUGUUGAGAGCUGAAUCACAAGUGCACUAAAUAUUUUUUUACUUGGAACCAUCAUCUGACAUCCAUGUGAGGGUGCAAAUGAAUGUGUGUGUGGUUGAAUGAUUUACAGCUGAUGUUGAUGUUACAGAAAUCAUAUAUUUAUACUGGAAUUACACAAAUCUCAGGUGGUUACAUGAAUAGUUUUGCAACAAUUAUCUUGCGCAAACUUUUUUGUUACGUUACAUUCAACCUCUUUUUAUAUUGUGUAUUUAAUUCCUAUUUAGUAAAUUAUUUUGACGCCAUAUCUUGAAUGCAAUGUUAAAUGUUGCCUAUACCCAAUGUAUAUGCCACAUUUUGUCUAGUCUCUUUUUAGAUUUUUUUCCUUUUUAUGAUCAUGAAAAUUAUCAUAAAAAGGAAAAUGAUUAUGUUGGGGAAAUUUGAGCUGCGCUAAUUGAUUCAAUAAUUAAGUUUUGUGAACAAAAUGCAGCUAUUUGAAUAAAACAUGCCGUGAGUCCUUUUUUGUAUGGAGGGAUUAAAAGAAAAAAAAAUGUUGGUCAGGAUUAUGUGAUAAUAAUUCCGA